UCGAACAUCUCAGGCUAGCUUUAACCAUCAGUGAAUAUUUACUGCUCUGGAAUGAUGGAUGUUUCGGUGGGGUAUUUCACCCUGCUUAUGCUCGUUGUGUUGGCUGAAUGUACUGGUACUGCAGUGACAGUUCAAUCAGAUGGAUUCACGGCUGUUUUAAAUAAAGACUUCACCUUCGGAUGCAGUCUGUCAGAUCCAAAAGUGAAACAAGUUACUUGGCAGAAGCAGAAGGACAAAACUUUGGAGAACAUGGCUACCUACAGCGUUACAUUUGGAGCAAAAGUCCUGGAACCUUACGACCAGCGAGUGAAUUUCUCGUUGAUAGGAUUAAAUGAAUCAUCGAUAACUAUUCAUAACGUUCAACCGGAGGAUGAAGGGUGUUAUAAGUGUUUGUUCAACACAUACCCACAAGGAUCAAUUACUGAAAGAUUCUGUUUUACUGUUCUUGGUAUUUCUGAGAUAAAUAUUGAAAAAUUCUCCACUGAGUCUGAAAAUAAAGUAGCGGUCAGCUGCUCGGCCACCGGGAAACCAGCCCCUAAGAUCAGAUGGAACGCAUCAGAAAGUGUCUCUUCGAAUGUAGUGCAAAGCAGCGUAGAUCGUAAUGGCAAUGGAAUCGUGACAGUCACCAGCAACCUUACACUGCAUCUGUCAAGCUUCCCUGCUGAAGAAGUCAGCUGCUUUGUAAGCCACCCAACACUGGAACAGGAUAUUGAGAAAAACAUCACUAUUAGAGAAGGCAAGAUAACAUUAACAAAUGUGCAUAGUCCUGGUGCCGUCGCUUUGGUGAUCCCCUGUAUCGCAGCUCUGUUGAUUAUCGGGACAGCUGCUUGUUUUGUAAUCAUAAAAAAAAAGAAAACCAAAGCAGGCCCUUUGGAAGAAAAGCUCAAUGCGGGAGAGUGUUCUCCUGUUUAAGCCUGUGGUUGCUUGUUUUGUUUUCAAAGACAUGUGUACGUAUGGAAGGUGUCAAAUGGUCAGCAUUGGAGAAUGAUGUCUUGUAUUUUCGGCACAACUGAAGAGAUUUGGCAGUGUUUAUCAACCUGGCAGAGAAAGCAUUCAUUCAUUAACACCCAUGGAGUACUACGGCUUAUGCCCAGUUUAAGGACUGCAACAGUGAAGAAAACAAUUUACGACGAGAUUCCAAAAUUAUAAAAGUGAUCUACCUCUUCAGCCACCACUAAAUGAUUUUUUUCAACUAUAAAAUAUUAUAUUUUGUAUGUGUUCAUUUUGCAAAUACUGUAAUUAUGUUUUGUACUAUACUGUGAAACAUAUCAAUAAGAUAUUGUUCUGUGAUAAUGCUUGCACUACACCAUAUUAAGCUAGGUAUUCUUAAAAGCAUAGUAUUUUGAAAAUCCUUGUAAAUACAAUUAUUUAUAUAUUUUUGUUAA